CAUCAAGCAGACUAGAAUAGUGCAGAAAACUCUAGGCAGAGAGGAAAUGAACUUGAGCGAAGGGGGAACACACAGCAGAGAGGAGAGAAAGAGGGCGGGAGGGGCAGGAGAGGGCUGCGGCACGGGGCCCUGCGAUGGUGAGAGGAUGGGAGAGGUGGCGCUGAAGCAGGGCUGCCUAUACCUCCAGCAGCAGCAGACCUUUGGAAAGAAGUGGCGCCGGUUCGGGGCUGUGCUGUAUGGAGGGUCGGGCUGUGCUUUGGCCCGGUUGGAGCUCCAGGAUGGCUCAGAGAAGCCGCGCCGGGGAGAGGCCGCCCGGAGGGUGAUCCGCCUCAGUGACUGCCUGCGGGUAGCUGAGGCUGGUGGGGAGGCCAGCAGCCCCCGGGAUACCAGCGCCUUCUUCCUGGAGACCAAGGAGCGCCUGUACCUGCUGGCAGCCCCCACUGCAGAGCGUGGCGAAUGGAUGCAGGCCAUCUGCCUCCUGGCCUUCCCUGGCCAGAGGAAGGAGCUGUCGGGGCCGGAGGGGAGGGGCAGCUGGCCCUGCAUGGAGGAGAACGAAUUAUACAGCAGCACAACCACAGCGGCCCCCUGCAAGGAGUUUGCUGUGACCAUGAGGCCCACAGAAGCCAGUGAGAGGUGCCGGCUCCGGGGAUCCUAUACCCUCCGGGCUGGGGAGAGUGCCCUGGAGCUGUGGGGCGGCCCUGAGCCAGGCACCCAGCUGUACGACUGGCCCUACAGGUUUCUGCGGCGCUUCGGGCGGGACAAGGUCACCUUUUCCUUUGAGGCAGGCCGGCGCUGCAUCUCGGGAGAGGGCAACUUUGAGUUUGAAACCCGGCAAGGCAACGAGAUCUUCUUGGCCCUGGAAGAGGCCAUCUCUGCCCAGAAGAAUGCCACCCCUCCUGGGCCCCAAACUCAGCCAGCUGCAGUCCCCACGGUGCUGCCCCGGCCAGAGAGCCCCUACUCCCGGCCCCACGACUCACUACCACCACCCUCGCCCACCGCCCCAGUGCCAGCCCCCCGGCCACGGGGCCCCGAGGGCGAAUACGCAGUGCCCUUCGAUGCAGUGGCCCGUAACCUGGGGAAGAGCUUGAGGGGCAUCCUGGCGGUCCAUCCCCAACCCCCGGUUGACCCUCUGUAUGACAGCAUUGAGGAGCACACACCUGUGCAACCCGACCACAUAUAUGAUGAGCCUGAGGGAGUGGCUGCCCUGUCCCUGUAUGACAGCCCACGGGAGCCCCGGGGUGAGGCCUGGAGGAGGCAGGCCACAGCUGAUGGGGACCCCAGUGGCCUCCAGCAUGUCUACUCAGCGGGGCAGGACUUCUCUGCCUCUGGCUGGCCACAGGGAACCGAGUAUGACAAUGUCGUACUUAAGAAAGGCCCAAAGUGAUGGGGGGCAGAAGAGAUGUGGAUCCCAUCAAAUGCCAGUGCAGAAGUGGGCCUGUGCACACCGGGGAGGGAGUUAAAGGCUGGUGAGGGGGAGCCGGAGGGGAAAGCAGGCCUCCCUUCUAGUUUCUGCUGGUAACCCUCCCUGCCCGCUGCAUCCCAGGAACCUCCCUUUGCCCCUUCCAGAACCUUAGGCUUGGCCUGCCCAAGUCUGGUCUGAGGAACUGUCUGUCCCAAGCCUGCUGCCUGAGUCACCAUCCCAGAGCAGGAAGAGUGCCCUGAGGAGACCCACCCUCCUCCCACUCCUUUUCCACUUCCUCUUCUUUCCUUCCUCGGGCCUAAAAGGAACCCAGGGCACUGAGAGCAGAGGACAAAAGGGCGUCAGCAAGUGGCCCUGGUUCCUUGGCUUUUGCAGGCCUUCUGCCUGCCGAGGUCUCCUUCAGGGGACAGCCCUGGCUCCAGGCACUCAGGAGGAUGGCUGCGGCUCUCUGCAGGUUCUGGACUUCUCUGUGGCAUUAAACAUUUCUGAAAUA